AGUGUCUGAAGAUGAUUUUAUCCUCAAUUAUUUCAGAUCACACGGAACACAGUGACGACCAAAAAGGGGAAAUGAGACGCACGUGUUAGCUCUGUGUGCUAAAUAAUCAGCCCACAGUUUCAUAUAACGGCGCAAGGUCAACUAAGCCUUGGAAAAACUGAUAUCCGGAGUCCUUCAUUUUCAAAGCGCAUGCGUAAGUAGUGACAGAUGGGGUGGGAAAGGUUAUUCGUCGCUGUAUAAGAUUAACAUUUGAACUGUGUGGUUUUAACAGAGAGGAGAGAAUACAGGAGAGUCGACCCCAGUACUGUACUUUCGCACGAUAUUCUCCACAAGCUGUAAAAAUGUCGCCAAAGUUGAUCUAUAUUUUCACCAUUUUGUUGUUUAUAAACUUGAAGGUAUUCGGGAAACAGAGUAAAAUACCAGUAGGAGUACUUUCUGGACCAGAAGACAGUUCAACAGCGACUCUACUGAGGCUCUACAAUCAUGAAACACAAAGCAAUUCCAGUUCCUUCACGAUAGAAUUUAUUAAAGAGAAGGUUGACUGGAUGGAUUCAUAUAAUGUUGGAAUGGCAGUAUGUCGUCUUCUAUCACGGGGAAUAUUUGCACUUGUUGGCCCAUCUUCUACUGAAUCCUACCCGACUUUGGCAUCUUACACAAAUAAAUUUCAAGUUCCUUUCAUAAGCCCAUCGUUUCCCAAAAUUCUUCCAUCUGAUGCUGCUCUCUUUGGUGUCAGUGUUCAACCAGAAACUUCACUAGCUGUCUUAGACAUUAUCCGUUUCUACAAGUGGACCUCCAUAGUAUAUUUAUACGAUCGAGAAGAUGGGCCUGAAAGGCUUCAAAAUCUGCUUGAUUUGACCAGUGGAAUAACUGAUCUUGAAGUAAAGGAGUUCAAAAGGAUAGCCAGUGUUCAAGAGACAAAUAACUUCUUACGUCAAAUUGAACUUGCGGAAAGAGAAAGUAUAAAACACGUCAUCUUAGAUGUUACACCAACUUUAGCAAAGAGUGUGAUUGUGAAUCUCGUCAAUGAUGUAACUAUAGAGAAACGUAAUUUCCACUUCCUACUAGUUCAUCCUACAGUAGACGAAUUUUGGACUGAAUUGAGAGGAGUGAAUAUCACAGGAUUUCGUUUAGUAAAUACAGAUGAUGAAGUUUUUAACAAAUUUCUUGAAAGAUGGAAAAGGCCAGAAUUAGGAAAUGAACAAAUUACUGUUGAAGCAGUUUUGAUCUACGAUGGCUUGUAUGUGCUUCAUUCAGCCAUUUCAAGUUUGCUUGCAGAUCAACCAGAUAUCUUCCAGGAAAACUUCCAUCGUGGGAAAGUCUAUUUUAAUGGUACUGCAGGUAUUGAUUGCUUUCAGGAUCCAUCAGUAGUAUUUGAACAUGGUCCAGUAAUAGCCCAGUAUGUGAAAGAGAUUCAUCUGACAAAUGCCUUAACAAAAAAUAUAGAGUUUGAUGCAAAUGGUCAUCGUCGUGGCUAUACCUUGGACAUUAUGGAAACUGUGCCAACAGGUCACACUCAGGUGGGAACAUGGUCCGAUGAUCAUGGUUUACAAAUUGUACGUACUCCACUAUUAUCAAAAGUAGCUCAUGUACAAGCUACAGAGAAAGUAAUUGUGAUCUCGAGCAUUUUGGAGAAACCUUAUUUGAUGCUUAAAGAACCUGAGAGUGAAAAUCCUGUAUUUGAAGGCUAUUGUAAAGAUCUUGCUGACCUUUUAGCCAAAAAGUUGAAUUUUAAAUAUAAACUGCAGCUGGUAAAAGAUGGAAAUUAUGGCAGUACAAUUGAAAACUCAUCUAAUUGGAAUGGAAUGAUUGGGGAACUUAUUCGAAAGGAAGUUGAUAUGGUUAUUGCUCCAUUGACAGUGACAUCUAAAAGGGCUCAAGUUGUCCAUUUCACCAAAUCAUUCAUGACUGUAGGCAUUGCCAUGUUGGCCAAGAAAACAGUGCCAAAGGCCCAUAUGUCUCCCUUGUUUUUUUUGCAACCAUUUUCAUAUGAUGUAUGGAUUUGUCUUUGUCUAGCCUACCUUGGUAUGAGCAUCUUACUUUUUAUUAGCAGUCAUUUCACUGUUCCUUCUGAGAAAUCAACAUCUGAAACCAACAAAUCAAAACCUUGCUUUACAUUUUCAACAAGCUUAUGGGUUACCCUAGCUUCUUUGUUCUUCAGAAACACAGGAAUAUAUGCUAAAUCCGUGUCAACACGAAUUGUCCACUCCAUCUGGUGGUUCUUUACAUUCAUCCUAGUGGUGGUGUACAUAGCCAGCAUCUCUACAUAUCUUCUUGCACAGCAACUUGGAACGGGUGUUAUUACUGGAAGUAAUACUAUGUAUAUGCAAACCAUUCAUGAUAUCUUACACGAUACAGUGACUGAAGGAUAUCCCAAAGCUGGAAUCAUAAAGUCAGGCUCAACGUUUUCGUUUUUUAAGAAUUCAAAACUCCCAUUAAUAGAAAAAAUGCAUGAAUACUUCCUGAAAAAUCCUGAUUUCUUAACCAAUACAAUAUAUGAAGGAAUAGCUAGAGUAAGACAGGAGGAAGGAGGAUACGUCUUCUUGACAGAGUCCUCCACCCUUGAAUAUAUUUCUCACCACAAACCAUGUGACACAAUGUUAAUUCCAGGUGAACUUGAUCGGAAGCCUUUUGCUGUUGCUCUUCCACUUGAAUCUCCAUUGAAGUAAGUACAUGAAAAACACUAACACAAUGAUUAACUUGAACUAAGGGACUUACUGUUGGUAUUCCACUUAGAACUCCACUGACUGUUGAUAUUCCACUGAACUAAGUACAAGAAAAACACAAUGA